AUGCAGUAUCUUUGGGAGUGGGAGGGUAAAGGCUCAGGGCUGAUGUCUCAGGCCUUGUCCCAGGGGCUGCUGCUGUGGCUGCUGCUGAGCAUGGGUGGAGUAUGGGCAUCGAGUGGCCCACUGCGGCCACUGUGCCAGCCCAUCAAUGCUACCCUGGCUGCUGAAAAUGAGGCCUGCCCCGUCUGCAUCACCUUCACCACCAGCAUCUGUGCUGGCUACUGCCCCAGCAUGGUGCGGGUGCUGCCAGCCGCACUGCCACCUGUACCCCAGCCUGUGUGCACCUACCGUGAGCUUCGCUUUGCCUCCAUCCGGCUCCCUGGCUGCCCGCCUGGUGUGGACCCUAUAGUCUCCUUCCCUGUGGCCCUCAGCUGUCGUUGUGGGCCCUGCCGACUCAGCAGUUCUGAUUGUGGUGGUCCCAGAGCCCAACCCUUAGCCUGCGACCAUCCCCACCUUCCAAGUCUCUUCCUUCUCUAA